AUGCCGCACCAGAAACGCAGGAUGCAACCACGGAUAGCAAAGGCGUCUCCACCCAUGGCCCUCGCACCGCUCCUCGCCCUCCCUCUCCCCCUCCCCCUCGUGCUACUGCCGCUGCUGCUGCUGCUCCUGGCAACGAUACCGAGCAGCAUCGCCUCGUCGCACUCUGUCGAAUCCUUCACCGAGCACCUCCUCCUCCGUCCACUCCCAGAUGGGCGCCUGCAGACCUCGUUCGACUUCCACCUCGCCUCGGACUCGGACUCGCGCGCCCACUUCCACCUCCUCCCGCGCUCCCUCCUCCAGCUCGUCCAGACCCACAACGUUGACGAGGCACACCUCUCCCUCAACACGGGAAGGUGGGACUACAACAAGUGGGGCAGCCCCGUGCGCUCCGUUCGACACGAGCACCACCGGCCACACGGCAACGGCAACGGCCACGGCCACGGCCACGACCACGAUGCCGCCGCUGCUUCCUCCUGGAUCCAGGUCGGAGACGACGAUGUGGCACCGGGCGCGCAGCUCUGGGCAAGGCUGCGCCACGACGACACCCCGCACAACGGCACAGAGAGCGCAACGGACCCCUUUUCCCCUCCCGACGACGUCGCGCGCCACUGGACCGACCUCACCUCGUCCCUCGCCGGCCUCUUUUGCACCUCGCUCAACGCCCUCGACUCGCGCUCCACCGUCAUGCCCAACCUCGCCUUCCACAGCGGCGCCAGAGAAUCGUCGUCGGCAGCCUCGUCGCCCGCCACCACGACGCUGCACGCCUUUCUGCCGUCCGAGUCGAUCUGCACGGAAAACCUCACGCCGCUGCUCAAGCUGCUGCCGUGCAAGGGCCACGCCGGGCUAGCGUCGCUCCUCAACCCGCUCUCGCUCUUUGGCGCAAACUUCCAGGGCAUGGCCGUCCACGUCGUCCGCCGCACGCCGCCCGCCUCCGGGUGGCACGUCAAGCUCUCGGUCCAGGCCGUCUUUAGCCCCGCCGUGACGCGCGACGUCAGCAACCGCGACUGGAGCCUCGAGUCGGUGUUUGCGCGCACCCUGCAGCGCAGCUGCCCGCUCGCCGCCCAGAGCACCAUCCGCGUCACAACCCCAGACGACCAGGGAUACGUCUCGGAGCACCUCGUCGACCCGCUCCCCGCCAGACCUGCCCGGCCCUCGGUGCGCGACCAUGCCGACUUCGUCGACCCAGACGAAGACGACGACGCGCGAGAGGAUGGCGACGAGCGCCACGACGGCGACGACGACGACGACGACGACGCUGCCGCCUCGGCCUCGAUACCCCGCCGCGGCGCAUCCGAUGCCGCGUGGCAAAAGUACUGGUCGGAGCGGGGCGAGUACGUGUACGACGUCACCUCGCUUUCGGCCUACAGCGGCAGCGGCAGCGCCAGCAGCGCCGGCAGCGCCAGCAGCGCCAGCAACGCCAGCAACGCCAGCGGCAGCGGCGGCGAGAGUGGCAAAGCGGGCCUCAAUAUCGCCAUGACGUGGCCCAAGGAGCAACGGUUCCGGUAUCCGGACGCCAUCGCGCCGCCGCGGGUGGCGGUAUCGCGCAUCCUCUCCGGGUCGGGGCAGCAGCGGUCGGUGCUGACGACGACGGUGCGCAACAAUGACGUGCGGCGCGCCGCCUCGCUCGUGUACCUCGAGACGCUGCCGUGGUUUCUGCAGCCGCAGCUGCACACGCUGCGCACGCACGUCGACGCCGACGCGUACGACGACCAACGCGACGCCUACGUCCGCUUCGUGGAUGAAGUCACCUCGGACCCGGUGCGAGAGAUCGUCUACCAGCCUUCGGUGGAUCGGCAACGCCCCUUUGUGCUCGAGAUGCGCAUCGUCGUCCCCCCGCGCACCACGGUACGCAUCCAAGUCGAGUGCCGCCGCCGCCAGGGACGAGGACAAGGGCGACAACGACGGAUGUACACGACGUCGAACCUCGUCGAGCUGGCCACUCCGGACUUUUCCUUUGUCUACACCAACAUUAUCUUCACCUCGACCGUCAUUGCCCUCUUUUUCGGCAGUACCCUCAACGGCUUCGUGCGCCGCUUCCGCGAUGUCGUCGUGUAG